AUGUACACGCCUAGCUCCCAGCUGCGCAAAUUCAAAUCAACAGCAAUCGUCUCUGGCAUUGGUGAUUCAGCAUUUGCGUCCGAUGGUUUUUCUGUCAACAUCAAUGUCAAAUCUCGAGUAUCGGAGUACUCCACAUGCAUCCCGGCGUUGAUUGCACCAUCCAUCACCGAUAAUCAGCCUGGUUUUACUCUUGACCCUGCAUCGUGGAACAUUCUAUCAAAUAUACAACUAACUGAUCCUGAAUUCUUUAAAUCACAGCAAAUCCACAUGUUGAUUGGAGCCAGUCUGUUCUUCGAUCUGCUAUGCGUCGGCCAGAUUAAACUAGCUGCUGGACUGCCGAUAUUGCAAAAGACUUGCUUUGGUUGGGUGGCUACGGGAGGUGCUUCACAUGUAGGAAAAUCAUCACUCGUGGCAAUUAGAUCAAUGGUGAAUCCAGCUUUGCUGGUAGAUUCGCAUCUGCAGCCGAAUGCACAGAUUGAUGAAUUAAUCUGUCGUUUUUGGGAAUUGGAAUGCUGCACCGAACCUGAGUCCUUACCAAACAAGGAGGAACGCGAGGCACAAUUUCAGGCCAAUUUUAAACGUCUUUCGACUGGCGACUAUUCAGUUCGAUUACCGCUCCGAUUAGGCAUGUAUCAGCUGGGUGACUCCUAUCAACAGACGCUUCGUCGAUUCCUGAACUUAGAAAGAAAACUAGACCGCAAUCCAGUUUUGAAAACCCAGUAUGCAGCAUUUAUCAAGGAAUAUCUUGACUUGGGUCAUAUGUCACUUGUUAUCUUAGCUGCACUGGGCCAAUGCAAGUACUACCUGCCACAUCACGUGCUGAAGGAGGAUAGCACUAUAACCAAGCUAAGAGUCGUGUUUGGUGGAUCGGCAGCUUCUACCUCUGGACUGAAUGAUGCACUGAAAGCAGGUCCUCCCAUCCAACCCAAGCUGUUUUCGAUACUGAUGCGGAUUCGUACAUUUGCAAUCGCCCUGACAGGCGAUAUAUGCAAAAUGUAUCGAUGCGUACGAGUCGAACCCGCAGACAGUUAUUUUCAAUGUAUCCUGUGGCGUGAAUCUCAGCAUCAGAAGAUACAGACUUACAAAUUAGACACCGUCACCUACGGCACAAAACCAGCAUCGUUUCUCUCAGUGAGAGCUAUGCACCAACUGGCCAUGGAUGAGCAGAAAACAUUCCUUAUUGGCUCUGACAUUGUUAAAAGAGACUUCUACGUGGAUGAUAUCAUUUCUGGUGGUAGCUGUGUUCAAGAAGCAGUUGAGAUAUUGAAGCAAACGUCUGGACUACUCGCCAAGGGGAACUUUAAGCUGCGAAAAUGGUGUUCUAGCGACACAACUGUACUUCAAAACAUUCCGGAAUAG